AUGAACAACUCUAAGAAACCAUAUGCUGACCAGCCUACAAACCUGGAAAGGUUCAGUCCUGAAAUUCUUUCUGAAAUUGAGCAGCUCUUUGAAAAGAAGUUUACUUAUGCUAAGCCAGUGAAUAAUGAAUGGCAUCUGCCAGAUCCCAGCGAUGCUUUUACGUGUGAUCACAAGGAAUUCAACUCACUCCUGGCUCUGAAAGACUCGAUGAAUGACGUGAAGAAUCAACUGAGUGAUAAGAACCUGGAUGAAUGGCAUCAACACACCUCACUUACCAAUAAAGCAGGGAAAAUAAUUCCUCAUGUGAAGAAAUGUUUGAAUGCAGAGCUGUGUACCCAGGCAUGGUGCAAGUUUCAUGAAAUCCUGUGCAGUUUUCCUCUUCUCCCUGAAGAAGCUCUUCAGGAUGGAGAACUGAAUUCUGUCCACCUCUGUGAAGCACCUGGAGCUUUUAUAGCCAGCCUCAAUCACUAUUUGAAAUCCCACCGUGUCCCUUGCGACUGGAAUUGGGUAGCUAAUACUCUAAACCCGUACCAUGAAGCAAACGACACCCUUACGAUGAUCAUGGACGACCGUCUUAUAGCAAACACGUUGCCUUGGUGGUAUUUUGGCCCGGAUAACACAGGAGAUGUGAUGACAUUGAAACAUCUAACGGGACUUCAGAACUUCGUUAGUAAUAUGGCCACGGUUCACUUGGUAACUGCUGAUGGCAGCUUUGAUUGCCAGGGAAAUCCGGGUGAACAGGAAGCUCUAGUCUCACCCCUUCAUUACUGCGAAACCGUCACUGCUUUAAUGCUCCUGGGCACUGGAGGAUCCUUUGUUCUGAAGAUGUUCACGCUGUUUGAACACUGUUCUACCAAUCUGCUCUUUUUGCUAAACUGUGCUUUUGAGGAGGUCCAUGUCUUUAAGCCAGCCACUAGCAAAGCUGGAAACUCGGAGGCCUAUGUGAUAUGUCUUCGUUAUAUGGGUAGGGAGAGCAUUCAUCAGCUGCUUUCUAAGAUGAUACAGAACUUUGGAACAGAAAUGGUCAACAAAGCACUUUUUCCCCAGCAUGUGCUACCAGAAUCUUUUCUUAAAAUACACGAAGAGUGUUGCAUGUUCUUCCACAAGUGCCAGGUAGAGACUAUCUCUGAAAACAUCAGUCUCUUUGAGUGCAUGAAAGAAGCAGAGCAGACAAAACUGAACCAGUUAAGAGACUGUGCAGUAGAGUUCUUCAUGCAGAGACUUCAUAUGAAACCCAUUGCUAGAAAUAACUGGCUUGUCAAGAAACCUCAGAUUGGUUGCAGCAUGAAUGCAAAAUGGUUUGGGCAAAGAAACAAGUAUUUUAGUACGUACAAUGAAAGGAAGAUGCUGGAAACCCUGACAUGGAAUGAUAAAGUGGCAAAGGGCUAUUUUAAUCACUGGGCUGAAGAACACAGUUUAAAUAAUGCUGGUAAAAUGUGCAUCUUGGAAGGAUCGUCUUCUAGCCUCGAGUGUAGCUUGUGGUACAUUUUGGAAGGAAAAAGGCUACCGGUGGUAAAAUGUUCUCCGUUUUGUGAUGGUCAAGUCUUGGAAAAUCUUAAUGAAGCUAUGAAUGAAUUGGUGAAGGGGAGGCUGAAAAGCCACCUAGUGCCGCAGGCUUGUCACUCGUGUGAGGUUCUUCCUGGGGAACUGAUACUGGCAGAAGUAUCUGAUCUUUCCAGGAAUCAUCAGGAAGUCCCAAGCGAAAGAUGUAGUGACCAGUUUAAGUGCCUUGUGGUGGACUUUCCAUCCCUCGGGGAUGCUGAAAGCCAGCCCAGUAUGGAAAUAAAGCUCCUGGACUCUGCCACACUGGUGACUUUCAGCUUCUCGUUGCUUUAUGAUGGAGAACCACAGUACCAGCAGCAGCUUUUGGAGUGUGUUCUGCGUUCAUUGAGUCAGCUGACCGUGGGAGAUGCGUUGAUUUUGCCUAUUCUUUCCUGUUUCACACGUUUCACAGCUGGCCUGGUCUUUAUACUGCAUUGCUGUUUCAGAUGCAUCACGUUUGCUUGCCCAACCUCCCAGCACCCGCUGAGGACCAGCACUGCUCUGCUGUGCAUUGGAUACAGGGGCCUCCCAAAUCCUGUUGUUGAGUAUCUGCAGCAUCUGGAUAAACUGAUGAGCUCUUUACUAGACACGGACUCUCCCCAGCAAGUGCUGCAGUUUGUGCCAAUGGAGGUUCUCCUCCAGGGCAAGCUGUUGGAGUUCUUGUGGGAUUUGAACACAGCCAUUGCAAAGAGACAGCUCCACUUGCUUGUGCAAGCUGAGCAGCAACAAAUGACUAGCAGUGUUUCACUUUAG